AUGAACGACCUGCUGUACGUGCUGGCGGAAGUCGAGGAGCUUGACGCCAUCAACAAGGGGUGGCGCGACAGGGUGCGGGAGCUGGCCUACGACGUCGAGGAUUGCAUCGAUCUCUCCGUCGCCCGGCUCGGUCGUGCUGACGAUGCCAGAGAAGCAGGUCGCCUCGGUGCCAAGCUGGCGCGCAAGUUCAAGAAGAUCAGAGUGUCCCACCAGGUCGCUCACCAGAUCAAAGAGCUCAAGGAUCGUGCCAUCGAGGAGAGCAAGAGGCAGAAGAGAUACAAGCUCGACGGCCUCGUCGGUGCUUCUCCUAGCAACAAGGUUGACCUCCGGAUGCGCGCGCUAUGGGAGGAGACCGAGAAGCUCGUCGGGCUCGACGGACCCAGGGAUGAGAUCAUCCGCUGCCUGAUGCCAGAGGGAGAGGAGGAGCCCUCGCAGCAAGUCAGGGCUCUGGCCAUCGUUGGGUGUGCAGGCCUGGGCAAGACCACUCUCGCCAAUCAGGUCUACCAAAAGAUUAAAGGAGAUUUCGAGUGA